AAUAGUUGAGUACUGACAAGCAACUUAACGAAUGGAAAGCUGGGGUUAAGAGAGAGAGAGAGAGAGAGAGUCGAAAGUCCGAACUAAACCUACCACGAAGUAGAAAACAAACCUUUGAAGAAUGGUAAUCAUGGACUUUGAUUUUUGAGAUACCAUAGCCACGAUGCUUCGAGAAAAUCGUGUUUUCACUAUUAGCUGAUGAAAAGGAAGUCAAGCAAAUCCCACAUUAAAGAAUUCAAUACAUUUCUGAGUUUUUCAACCAUGAUAUCACCUACCCAUUAUGAAGAAUCUCUCUCUCUCUCUCUCCUUCACCAACCUUCUUACUCAAAAGUACCACUUACUCUGUUCUUUUAGCUCAACUGUUUAGCUUUUCGCUUGAUCAGUUCUAGUAAACCUUCAAUUUAUCUGCAACAAAAGUAACUAUAUUUCUGUUACCAUUCUCUAACCUCUGCAAAACGCAGUGCUUAAUCUCAUAAGAGAGUACAAUUGAGGUUCUUGCCACCUAAUCCAUUCACCAGCCAGUCUUUCUGGAUUCUCAUUGUGGUCUCAUUCUAUGGUUGUUUCUUUAAGCCAGGCCCAUGUUUUUCUUCAUAAUAUUAUUUCAGUUUCUGUUACUUUCUUUCGUUAUCUCCUUCUUAGUUUGAUGGCUGGGUGAGAACUUUGUAGAUCUUGAGAUUUGAUCUCCUGUUUCUUUAAGAAUGAAAAUGGGAUUUCAGGUGGGUCUUUUGCUGGUGAUCAUACGCGUUGCUGCUUGUGCUUUUUCAGUUCUUGGAUCUGCAGAAACUGUCUCAUCUCCUAGACAAGCACCUUCCAGUUUCAGCAGGAAUAGAUAUGGAAAGCUGAGCAGUUCACCACCUGUCAAAGAAUCCCACAUUCCCUCAUCUGUAGAUCACUUUCCAAAUGAAGCCCCACCCAACACCAUUAAGCCUUCAAGUAUUGCUCUUCCGCCUUCUAUAUCAUCGUUUCAAAGUCCUGCAAAGAAGUGGAUGCACAGUCCUACAUAUUCACCUUCAAUCUCAAGUAACAGAAAUCUUCGUCAUCAUCAUGCAAGGAAUCAUCAUAGCACUCCUGGACCAUCUUAUUUGAUUCCUCCACCAAGUUACAAUCAAAUAGCUCCAUCAGUCCCUUCGUUCCACUCUUCUUCUCCUUCAUCAAUGAGCUGGGAUUCUCUUGCACCUGCAUUAUCACCAACUGCACCAAAGAGCCAUUUUAGUGUGCACAUCCAUCCUCCUGCAAUGUCUCCAUUGAAUUCUAACUUGAAGAAGAUGAAGGCUCCACAACCAUCACAAAUUUUGUCUCUACCACCUCCACCUCCAAAUGGAGAUUGUGCAUCAGUAACAUGCGCAGAACCACUAACAUAUACUCCUCCUGGGACAUUUUGUGGAUGCGUAUGGCCUAUUCAAGUUAAACUCCGUCUUGGUGUUGCAAUAUACUCAUUCUUCACUUUGGUUACAGAACUGGCUGAGGAAAUUGCAGCCAGUGUUGCACUAAACCACUGUCAGGUUCGCAUUAUGGGAGCCAACGCAGCUAGUCAGCAGCUAGAAAAAAGCACUGUUCUCAUCAACCUUGUACCAGAGGGAGUAAAAUUUGCUGAUAACACUGCAUUAUCAAUCUACAAGAAAUUCUGGAACAGACAGGUUCUCAUAAAGGCUUCCCUCUUUGGUUCCUAUGAAGUAUUAUAUGUUCACUAUCCAGGUCUUCCACCCUCUCCACCUUCACCUUUGAGCAUUUCUACUAUAGACGAUGAACCGUAUCCUGGCCGCAACAACAAUGGAAGGACAAAUAAACCUUUAGGAGUUGAUGUGACAAGGAGAAAGAAAGAUGGGCUUGGUGGAAGCACGAUAGCUGUGAUUGUUCUCUCCUCUUUCACUGCCUUGGUUAUAUUUAUGGCAAUUGCCUGGCUUUUUAUGUUGAAAUGUGGAAAUUGUGUUCAUCAACCUCAGCAAGCUCCACAAGCCUCAAUGACCUCCCCUGCAAAGCCAUCAGGAACUGCUGGGCCUAUGAUUCUUGGGGGCAUUCCUAGUUCUUCAUCAAUGUCCUUCAGUUCUGGUGCCAUGACAUAUACAGGACCUGCAAAGGUUUACUCCUUGAAUGACAUAGAGAGGGCCACCAAUAAGUUUGAUUCUUCAAGGAUCCUUGGAGAAGGUGGCUUCGGGGUUGUCUACAGUGGCCAGUUAGAUGAUGGAAGGAAGGUGGCUGUGAAGGUUUUGAAGAGAGAUGAUCAACAUGGUGGUCGUGAGUUCUUGGCAGAAGUUGAGAUGCUUGGAAGGCUACAUCACAGAAACCUAGUUAAAUUGAUUGGUAUUUGCACAGAGGAGCAUACCCGCUGUCUAGUCUAUGAACUUAUUCCAAAUGGAAGUGUUGAAUCUCAUUUACAUGGAGUUGACAAGGAAACUGAUCCACUAAACUGGGAUGCCCGAAUGAAGAUUGCCCUUGGUGCAGCUCGAGGCCUAGCCUAUUUGCAUGAAGACUCAAACCCUCGGGUUAUACAUCGGGAUUUCAAGUCCAGUAACAUCUUGUUAGAACAUGAUUUUACACCUAAGGUUUCAGAUUUUGGAUUAGCUCGAGCAGCAAUGGAAGAGGAAAACAAACACAUCUCAACACAUGUUAUGGGAACUUUUGGUUACUUGGCUCCGGAGUAUGCAAUGACAGGACAUCUUCUUGUGAAGAGUGAUGUUUACAGCUAUGGUGUAGUCCUCCUUGAGCUCUUAACUGGGCGAAAACCAGUGGACUUGUCACAACCACCAGGUCAAGAAAAUCUUGUUGGUUAUGCUCGUCCACUCCUCACAAACAAGGAAGGUUUAGAAACAAUUAUUGAUCCAGCUAUAAAGUUUACUGUCUCCUUUGAUACUAUAGUCAAAGUGGCGGCAAUUGCAUCAAUGUGUGUGCAACCAGAAGUAUCUCACCGUCCUUUUAUGGGUGAAGUAGUUCAGGCCUUGAAGCUUGUUUGCAAUGAAUUUAAUGAAAUGAAAGUACAGAGAUCAAGCAGUCAAAGCUAUGAACACCUCCUUACUGAUGUAGAUAGCAAGAACACAAGAGUUUCGUAUGAGAUUAUGGAAGUUUCACAAUCCCAUCACCCACUGCCAUUAUCAACAUCUGAUUUGUUUACAAUAUCAGUGGGACUUGAGGAGCAGGAAUUUGGGUAUUUCAGGAGGCAUUCUAGCUCAGGGCCUUUGAGAACAGGAAGGAGAAGACAAUUCUGGCAGAGAUUAAGAAGUUUGUCUAGAGGCAGCAUGAGUGAGCAUGGAUUUUCACUUAAAUUAUGGUCAGGAACCAGUUAAAUUUUGCCAAAGCAGGAAAAUUCCACUGUGUGCACAUUGCUGUAAAAUGCAGACACAAACUUCUUGUGAACAGGUCAGGACAAUUUCAAUAUAGUUUUCAAGAGUGGCUUUUGGUGAUGCCCAAAACCAGCAAUGAAGUUAAAUCUGGUUCUUGACAGAUUCAAUCUGCAAACUAUCAGCACGAUGAGCAGAUAAAAUGAUUUUAUUGUAUAUCCUUGUUUCCAAUGAGGUUUUGAUCUCAGUUUUCCUCAAGUUCAUUUCAUGCUGCAAUUUCUUACAUUUUCAUUUGAUGUUAAAAAAAAAAAAAAAAAAAAAAAAAAAACCCUCUUGUGAAGAGACCAAGUUCAUUUAGUAGGAUUGUAGCCUAAUGCAGUGAUUCUAAGAUGACAAUCAUCCAGAAAGGGGUCUAGUUUGCCGGUAGAAUACAAGCUACCUGAGUUCUUUUCUUGCAAGAUAGCUGGAUCCAGGAGUUGUUUAGACGCGAAAAUAUCAGAACGCAGAUCAAUCCAUUUGUUUACCAUCAUCAAUUCCUGCAGAAAAUGGCUCAAUAGACUAGUCUUGGCAGAGGAGCCUCAUUCGUGCACAGUUACAACAAUUUAAAGUGCAUUUUCUUUAUUCCUUUCACUAUUUGUGCAUCAAACUCUUCGUAGAUUCGCAAGAGGUGUAAUGAUCUACAAUCACAAUCAUAGAGCAGACUAAGGAUAAUAA